AUGGCAGCCGGCAACAGUUUCGAUCAAUGGCAGAAGGAUGUCUUCUUCUCCGCCGCCGAGGAGGUCCAGGACUCCGCAGAUGUGUACGUUUCGUCGUUCGCUUUCGAUGUCACCGAAGAUUUAUGUGCUCGUCGUCCAUCGAUGUGCUCUUCUAUUCGGAGGAUUUGAUUUUCUUCGCCGUCUGCCACAAUCGGCUGUAAAUCUGGUCUUCUGUGGGGUGUUUCAAUUGCCUCUUCCGUUUUUUCCUUCAUCUUUUGCUGCGCCGUGUUCCUGGUUGAUGAAUUCGAAACCUGGAUGCUUCGCUCUUCGUUCCAGAAUGGAGUCGAUGUACAGGAUGUGGCUUAGAGCGCAGAGCGAGGGACAUCACACCGAUGUCUUCAUUGAGCUCCGAAGAGAGCUCCAAACGGCCUUGGGCACUGCAAAGUGGCAGGUUCGUUCGUAAACCUAAUCCUCACCCGUUUCCUGGUUCUUAGUAUUUGGUCUCCAUGGCCAAGCGUAUGAGGAAGCAUCUGUAGCCAAGGGUGUUCGUGUUCCUUGAACAGUUGGAAGAGUUUGAAAGAGCCGUCAGAGAGAGCCACAGACGCAAGCCGCUCGAUAAAAGUGCCGUCAUCAGGCACAAUCAGUUCAUUCUGGCGAUGGAAGACCAAAUUGUUCAGGUAGAGAAGGCACUGGGACAGUCGCUCGUCGAGGAAGGGAAGGAACCGCUCCAAUGGAUCCAACUUGACGAGGAAGAGCGAAAUGAUCUGGCUCUGUUUCUCUGUACGGCUCCCUCCGCUUCAACGCGAGGGGAAGUCGAUUCUGCUCGAGACAGGGGUGUGCCCAGCUCUAUAACGAGUUUCAGGGAGGUCAUAUCCUUCAAUAUCGACUCUAAAUUGGUAGUCGAGGUGGAAGCGAAGGAGAAGACCUCCUCCAAGAGAAGAGACGAGAUGCCCGACCAGGGCAACCCGAACAACGGGAAAAGAAGGGCAUCCAGCUCACCGGAUAUCGGCGCCUGGAAGAUUGUGAUUGCCGACGAGGAGAGCAAAGAGAGGAAACCCCCGGAAACCUGGGCAGAGUCACUAUCACCAGCUCGAGCACACGGUUUCCUCAAUUUUAUGAAGGUUGCAGAACUCGCAGCCAAGGUGAAAUGGUCGAGCUUUGGGAAGGUGAAGAACGCAGAUGGUCGCCCAAUCGAGCAAGGGACAUCUAGUUUCUUUGGCUGUAAGGGCAUCACUCGCGUUUCUCAGGUGAGGAUUCCUUCCAUGUUAGCGAUAGAACGAGCCAUGGCAGCUCCAUUGAUUUCCUUAUCGGGGGUAAUCCGCCUUCACAUCGGCUGA